ACAUACUGCGCCUGCGCACGAGCUCCGGCCUUUUCCCCCCCCUGUAGCGCUGCUGGGCCUGCAGGUCUGUGAGGAGCCGCGUAAGCGGGUCUUUAUUCCUCAGGAUGGGGUUUGUUAAAGUUGUCAAGAAUAAGGCCUACUUUAAGAGAUACCAAGUGAAGUUUAGAAGAAGACGAGAGGGCAAAACUGAUUACUAUGCUCGGAAACGCUUGGUGAUCCAGGACAAAAAUAAGUACAACACACCUAAAUACAGGAUGAUAGUUCGUGUAACUAACAGAGAUAUCAUUUGUCAGAUUGCUUAUGCCCGUAUUGAAGGGGAUAUGAUAGUCUGCGCAGCAUAUGCUCAUGAACUACCAAAAUACGGUGUGAAAGUUGGCCUAACAAAUUAUGCUGCAGCAUAUUGUACUGGCCUGCUGCUGGCUCGCAGGCUUCUUAAUAGGUUUGGCAUGGAUAAGAUCUAUGAAGGCCAGGUGGAGGUGACUGGAGAUGAAUAUAACGUGGAAAGCAUUGAUGGUCAACCUGGUGCCUUCACCUGCUAUUUAGAUGCAGGUCUUGCCAGAACUACAACUGGCAAUAAAGUUUUUGGAGCUCUGAAGGGUGCUGUGGAUGGAGGCUUGUCUAUCCCUCACAGUACCAAACGAUUCCCUGGUUAUGAUUCUGAAAGCAAGGAGUUCAAUGCAGAAGUACAUCGGAAGCACAUCAUGGGUCAGAACGUUGCUGAUUAUAUGCGUUACCUAAUGGAGGAAGAUGAAGAUGCUUACAAGAAACAGUUCUCUCAGUAUAUAAAGAACAAUGUAACUCCAGACAUGGAGGAGAUGUAUAAGAAAGCUCAUACGGCUAUACGAGAGAAUCCAGUUUAUGAAAAGAAGCCGAAGAGAGAAGUUAAAAAGAAGAGGUGGAACCGUCCCAAAAUGUCCCUUGCCCAGAAGAAAGAUAGGGUAGCUCAAAAGAAGGCAAGCUUCCUCAGAGCUCAGGAGCGGGCUGCUGAGAGUUAAACCAAAUUUUCUAUGAAGAGUUUUCAGAUGACAACCAAUAAACUUAUUCAUCAAGCAACUGCUUCUGUGUUAAGCUCUUGUUAUGAGAG